AUGGCAACACUGACAGCAGUGCCUUUAGGUUUACCAUCCCACACCAAGCAAGUAAUUUCACCUCCACUUUGGAAUAAACCUGCCGUCUUCGCCACUGGGUUUUCCACUGGCUUCACUAUGAACAAGUCACCAAGAAGGCCUAAUUAUCAGGUGCAAGCUUCCACCAAGACGGAUCAAGAAAUUUUGCGUAAACGCGCAAACUUCGCUCCCAAUAUGUGGGGUGAUCAUUUUAAUACCAUCACCUCUUCCACCUUUUCGGUAGGGAUUAUGCAGCAUUAUCAAUCAAUAGAAUAUGAAUCAUACACAAGAGAGGUAAAUGUUCUAAAAGAAGAAGUGAAGGAUAUGUUAAUGGCUGCAACAAGGAAUCCAGUCCAGAAUAUUCAUUUGAUUGACUUGCUAUCUAGGCUGGGACUGGCAUAUCACUACGAAACUGAGAUUGAACUCCAAUUACAUCACAUAUUUUACGGCGAAGAUAACAUUUUCCGCGAUCAUGACUAUGAUUUGGAUACUAUGGCUCGUCUGUUCCGGUUAUGUCGACAGUAUGGAUAUGACAUAUCUUGUGUUGUGUUCAAUAAAUUCCUGGAUGGUGAAGGAAAGUUGAAGGCAAAUCUUGUGAGCGAUACAAAAGCAAUGUUGAAUUUGUAUGAAGCUUGUCAUGUUAGCCUGCUUGGAGAAGAUAUUCUAGACAAAGCCCUUUCGCUUACGACUACUCAUUUGAAGGCCUUGGUGAAGGAGACAAGCCAGCAUCUGGCACAACAUAUAAUGAAUGCCUUGGAGCAGCCCUUCCACAAGGGUGCGCCAAGAUUAGAGGCAAGAAAGUAUAUUGCUUUCUAUGAGAAAGAGGAGUGUAGGCAUGACAAGAUUCUCAAAUUCGCAAAGUUGGACUUCAAUCGAGUGCAAUUAUUAUACCAACAGGAACUCAACCAUCUCACCAGUUGGUGGAAGGAUACCAAUCUGGCUUCCGAGUGCCCUUACACCAGAGAUAGAAUUGUGGAGAUGUAUGGAUGGGCAGCAAUAUCAACAUUCGAGCCAUAUUAUGGACGGGCCAGAAUUAUUUAUACCAAAACGAUAAUGUUGCAGUCUGCAAUGGAUGACGGAUAUGACUCCUACGGCACACCUGAAGAACUUGAAAGUUUUACAGAGGCUAUUCAAAGGUGGGAUAUGUCUGCGAUGGAUCUGCUACCAGAUUAUUUAAAGAAUUAUUAUCGCAUUCUCCUAAAUCAUUAUGAAGAGUUAGACAAAGAAAUGACCGCUGAAGGAAGACCUUAUAGUGUCUCUCGCUUAAAGGAAUUGGUUAAGGAAGUUUCAGAUGCCUAUCAUAAGGAAACUCAGUGGUUUGACAAAGGAUAUAUUCCCCCAUUUAAUGAAUACAUGAUGACUGCACGUAUAACAGGUUCUUGUCAAGUAAUUACAGCGGCAUCUUUUGUUGGGAUGGAAAAUGCAACAGCUGAUGCAUUUGAAUGGUUGCAAAGUAGUCGCAGACUUAUAAUGGCAGUCAACACAAUCCUUCGUCUUACCAAUGACAUCCUAUCUCAUAAGCGUGAGCAAACAACUGGGGAAUCUGCUUCGAGCAUUGAAUGCUAUAUGAGGCAAUAUAGUCUCUCAGAAGAGGAGGUGAUUGAAAAUUUUGAAAAGACGAUUGCCAAUCAGUGGAAGAUCAUCAACGAGGAGUUUAUGAAGCCAACUCCUAUCUCAAAUCAUCUCGUAUCGGUAGCCAUAAACCAGGCACGCAGCUGCGGACCAUGGUUCCAAUUUGGAGAUGCAUAUACAGAACCAGAAUAUGCCAAGGAUAUAAUCUCCUUAAUGUUCAUAGAAAAAAUCCACAUAUAA